ACAUACUCUGACUUGAUUCUGUUUUCCAACGUAUGCUGUGCUGCUUGAGUUAUUAUUAUUUUUAAAAACUAUGUUAGCUCGAAUUACUGGGAUUCAUGUCAAUGGAGUCAAGAAUCUACACAUUUUCUCCAUCUACACCUUCAGAUUUCUCCAUGCCAAUACUACUACUACACCAACCCAUUUCUUAGUGGACUUUCUUGUUAAUUCUCUCGGGUUUUCAAGAGAAGAAGCAGUCACUACAAGCAACAAGGUAACCCGCUCGAAACCCCCCAAAAACCCUGAUUUUGUUAUUAAUUUCUUUGAAAAAAAUGGUUUCGAUAAUACCCAAAUUAAGAACAUUGUCUCCAAGUCCCCUAAAGUACUCUUCUCUAAUGUAGACAAAACCCUAAAACCAAAACUCGAGAUUUUACAAGAAAUUGGUUUUUCUGGAUCUGACUUAGUUAAGUUUGCAGAAGCAAAUAUUCAUAUUUUUGAUAGAGGUGUAGAUACUUUUCUUAGACCUUCACUUGAAUACCUUAGAACUUUAUUGGGUAGUGAUGAAGAUGUUGUUCAGGCUAUAAAAAAAGCUUCUUGGUUACUUGGUUGUAAUGCUCCCAAGAUAAUGGCACCUAAUGUAUUGUUGCUGCAAAAUAUUGGGUUUUCGGAUUUGAAACUUAGGAAGUUUAUAUUGCACCACCCAAGAACUAUGAUGCGGAAAACUGAAUGGCUUGAGGAUGUUGUUCAUAGAGUAGAAACGGACUUUGGAAUCCCUCGUGAAUCGGCUAUGUUUCUCCAUGGAAUUAGUGCCGUUAGUUCCUUUAGUAAGUCAACUCUGGCAGAGAAGGUUGAUGUUUUUAGGAGUUUUGGUUGGUCUGAUGCGCAUAUCAAUACCAUGGCGAGAAAAUUACCUUUUUGUUUAAGCUUAUCGGAGGCCAAAAUCUGUAAACAAUUAACUUUUCUCAUGAAGGAAGUUGGCUGCACGUCAGAGUAUUUAGCAUCUCGUCCUAAGCUGUUAAUGUAUAGUUUGGAGAAGAGAGUGAUUCCUAGAUAUAAGGUCCUGAAAAUUUUACACGGCAAGCGUCUCAACAGAGGUCUUGGGUUGUACUCUGCUGCUUGCAUGACGCCAUCGAGGUUUAUGAAAGAAAUAGUGUUACCUUACAAGGAUAAACUACCCCUUCUACAUGGAUCAUGCAUGAAAAGCGUCCAAUGAACAGAUAUUAUCAGUUUCUAAAUAGGGAUUCCGCUAAGUCAUUCAUACCAAGGCUCAUGUCGACGAGGGUAUUGGAAGCCAUUGUAGGUUCCUAGUGUUGACCAAAGUUCUUUUCUUGGAGAAAUGAACGUCAGUCUGCAAUUUCAGGAGGAAGUGCGACCACACAACCUGCUGUCAACCACACGCACCAGGGUAUGUAGUUGGGCACUCGCUGGACUAAAUUUGAGCUUGAAGAGAGACCGCACAAAUAUGUUGUGCAACCGCACAUGCCUAGCUUGGCCAGAUCUUUUACGUUGCUCACUUUAAAUCCCAUUUCAUCUGUAUAUACCAGAUGGGCUUGCUUAAGUUAUUUCCCUAGACUAUUCUUAUUUAAAAAACAAAGUUAUUUCCCUA